GCGGUGUAGUGAAGACCUCGCCGUCGGCGGGUUUGGUGGUCCUCGUCGCCAUCGCCAACAACGUCUUCCCUUUUACUCUCUGCACUUUCUAGUAGCAAACUUUUCCAGCUGAAUUUGAAGAUGGCCGUCACAAUCUCUGCUAUCAAGGCCCGUCAGAUCUUCGACAGCCGUGGCAAUCCCACGGUGGAGGUGGACAUCACUACCAGUGAUGGCGCGCAGUACCGCGCGGCGGUGCCUAGCGGUGCGUCUACCGGCAUUUACGAGGCUCUGGAGCUCCGCGAUGGCGGCAAGGAUUUCAUGGGUAAGGGGGUGCUGAAGGCUGUGAGCAAUGUCAACGACAUCAUUGCCCCUGCUUUGAUCGGUAAGGAUGUGACGGAGCAGACGGCCAUCGACAAAUUCAUGGUUGAGGAGCUGGACGGUACGCAGAACGAGUGGGGAUGGUGCAAGCAGAAGCUCGGUGCAAAUGCGAUCCUCGCGGUCUCGCUGGCUGUUUGCAAGGCCGGCGCCGGCGCGAAGAAGAUCCCGCUCUAUCAGCACAUCGCGAAUUUGGCAGGCAACUCGAAGCUGGUCCUUCCCGUUCCUUCGUUCAAUAUCAUCAACGGCGGAUCGCAUGCGGGUAAUAAGUUGGCGAUGCAGGAGUUUAUGAUCCUGCCGACGGGCGCGUCUUCGUUCCAGGAGGCGAUGAAGAUUGGCAGCGAAGUGUACCACCAUCUGAAGUCAAUCAUCAAGAAGAAGUACGGCCAGGAUGCGACGAACGUGGGCGACGAGGGCGGCUUUGCGCCCAACAUCCAGGAUAACAAGGAGGGCUUGGAGUUGAUCAAAGCGGCCAUCGAGAAGGCAGGCUACACGGGUAAGGUGACAAUCGGCAUGGACGUCGCGGCGUCGGAGUUCUACAACGACAAGACGAAGAUGUACGAUCUUGACUUCAAGACCGAGCAUAACGACGGCAGCAAGAGGAUCACCGGCGAUCAGCUGAUUCAGCUGUACCAGUCGUUCUGCAGCGAGUACCCUCUGGUGUCGAUCGAAGACCCCUUCGACCAGGACGAUUGGGAGCACUACGCGAAGCUGACGGCGCUGAUUGGCGAGAAGGUGCAGAUCGUCGGCGACGAUUUGCUGGUGACGAACCCGAAGAGGGUGGCCAAGGCUAUCGCGGAGAAGUCGGCGAACGCUCUCCUCCUCAAGGUUAACCAGAUUGGGUCGGUCACCGAGAGCAUCGAGGCCGUGAGGAUGUCGAAGAAGGCCGGCUGGGGUGUGAUGACCAGCCACAGGAGCGGAGAGACCGAGGACACGUUCAUCGCCGAUCUCGCCGUUGGACUGGCCACUGGACAAAUCAAGACUGGAGCGCCGUGCAGAUCGGAGCGCUUGGCGAAGUACAACCAGUUGCUUCGUAUCGAGGAGGAACUCGGCGAUGCCGCUGUCUACGCUGGCGCCAAUUUCCGUGCACCGGUCGAGCCCUAUUAAGCGUCGUUUGUGUUUGUCGUUUGUGUUUUGUGCAGCGUGUUCCCUAUUCUUGUGUUCUUGGUUCGCUCGGCUUCCCUCGGAAGAUGUCGUCUUGCACGAUGUGCGGGGGGGGAUAGGUUUUGUAGCUAGGAUGUUGGCUCCCGUCCUCUCCCUUAGCGUUUAAUCUCUUGGAGGUGUGAUUAGGGAUUGACUUCACUGGCGCUGGCAAUCGAUUGUAUUGUUUCAGUUGGUUGUCCCUCACGGCGUUCGAGUAUGAAGGUGAAAAUUAAAGAGAGGAUUCGAUAAUGUAGUGCGGGUCGAUAAUAGAUGUUAGGCGUUCCUGGUCCUCCUGUUUGUCCAGGUUCUGCUGUUUGUAGGUGGUAGGAAGAGGAUGAUGAGUUGGUCGUGCGCGGCGGUGUGAUUGACUACUUGGUAGUGUACGUUCUUGCGCUCGGUUUAUAUUGAUGCUAGCGGCAGGGUUGUGAGAAUGGGACACAGUGUUGGGCGGGUGAUGGUGCACUCAGUGUUUCUUGGUUACAAGGAUGACCUCUUUGCUUUAAGAGUUAUAUGCUGAAUCGGUCAUUUGCCGGUUCUUUUCGCUCGAUGUUCACUGGUGCUGUGCCGAAGCGUUGAGAAAUUGCAUUGACAGUUAUAUGCUCGUUGUCAAAAUUGCAUUGCAUUGACGAUUAUAUGAUGUGUAUUCGUGUUUGAAUGAAAAUCUCUGGUGGACACCAGUGAAUGGUGAUUAGAUGAUUAGUGAAAAGGGCUGUGUAUGAAUGUCGUGUUCUCGUCGGUGAGUGGAGCGAAAUAUGGUGGGGAGCUGACAUGUUUGUUGGCCUGGUGUGGCCUGCUGUGUCUUUGCGUCGCUUUUCAGUCGUGUGAGGGCAUGCGUAAUGGCCAAUCACCAUCGUGUGGUAUACAUGAAGUCGAGGCGGAGGGGAUUACGACGAAUUACGCUUCUCAUGCGUCGGCUAUGGAAUGGAGUGCAAAUGGGGGACGUCGGUUUUUUUUUUUCCGCCGCCUGGAUACGUUCGUCGUGGAAUGCGGUACUUCGGAGGUUCCAAGGGCUUAUACCGCAGUACCUUGGAGGUUUAGGGGCUUAUAUCGCUGUUAGAGGCUUAUAUCGGCCCUCAAAUGCGCGUGUUGAGACAUAUAGGAGGUUCCAAGGGCUUAUACCGCAGUACCUUGGACGUUUAGGGGCUUAUAUCGCUGUUAGAGGCUUAUAUCGGCCCUCAAAUGCGCGUGUUGUGCAUAUGUCUCCUGUUGUGUGUUGAGAUUUGUACUACCCCUCGAAUGUUGCACAUUGUGUGUGCGUCUGUGUGUUUGUGUGUUAAGAUGUUUGUAGAUCGACGGAUUACCUCCCUCUUUUUGUGUGUGCGUGCGGAAUGGCGUGAGUGUGUCACGUACGUGUAGCAUGAUCUGCGCGUUUGUGCGCGUGUGCGCGAAGCACGCCCCAUUGUGUGUGGUGAAGAAGACCAAGAAACGAAGGAAAGCAGUAGGUAAGACUCGUUGGGAGUGGCUCAUCGAUCUUGUCGUUUUCGUGUUCCUGGGGACGUGACACAUUGUCUGCAGUACUAUGGUACUACCUUAGUCAGACGAUCUGAGCUGCUGUGUUGUCCCACCCUUGUAUGCAUCCAUUUCGCGUGAGAGGGGCAGGGCAGUGACGUUGUCCAAAGGGGCAGGGCAGUGACGACAAAAGGGCAGUGACGUUGUCCAGAGGGGCAGGACAACGUCCCUCCCUUGUAUGCAUCCAUUUCGCGUGAGAGGGGCAGGGCAAUGACGUUGUCCAAAGUGAGCUUGUACAUUUUGUGAGUUGAAGAGUCCUGGAAGGAGGUCCAAAGGGAUUUUCGUGGUCGUCCUGAUGAAAUCUAAUCUAUGAUUUUGGACGGUAAGACGUGACGUGACGGGUUCGCACUGCGCGCCAAGCUUUGCCGU